UGUCCGAGUUGAACCGAGCGGCGCCUGGCGGUGGUGGGAAGAGGAGAGGCGCCGAGCUUGAUAUAGCCGGCGAGGCGGCGGAUGCUGUCAGACCGCCUGGCGGCUGGACGCUUGGCUACAGGUGGCGCCGACCGAGUGGCUGCUGGAGCCGGCAGUGUGUGCUGCACGUCAUGGAAGUCCUACCGUGUCCCGUUUACGUGGAUUUCUCCAGUCUUGGAGGUUGUGGGCAGGCAGUGGGGCCUGAUGAGGCGGAGAGCGCGGAGGCGAGGGACGCGCUGUCACGGCGCCUGGAGGCGGAGCUGCGGGCGGCGCGCGGGGGCGGCGCUGGGGGCGGCAUCGCGCUGCCCCCGGCGCUGCUGCUCACCGCCGCCGAACACGUCCUGCAGAUGGCUACCACAGAGCCCUACGGUCUUAGGGGCUGCACGCUGUACGUGGACCUGGAGACGGGUAAGCAGCCGGCAGAGAGGAUACGACUCGCGACCGUGAAAUGUGCGCCGGACACGCUCACCACCUUCGAACUCUUCCUUACUCUGCGCCAGGAAACCUCCUGGAAGGCUGCCUUACCGCAGUUCCUCAAGAACCUGACGAGCAACGGCGCCCUCCUGCUGAGCAACGACUUCACGCUGAAGAAGAAGCGCCUCUUCCGGACGUACGCCGAGUGAGUCACGGUGCCCUACCAGGACCUCCCCAGGGGGCAUCGGCCGGCAAGAACCGUGUCGCGGACGCGGCUAACGCAAGUUCCUUGGCUGGGUGCGCAGCCUCUCAAGCCCGCAGAGAUUUUUUUUCGUGCCUCAUACACUACAUCGGCGCACCUUUUUGAUAUGUGUAUUUCCCUGUGACAGCAUAGGUUACUGUCUUUGUUGUCGCACAGUGUAAAUGAGAAUACAGUGAAGGUAACAUUACUACCUUCGCGGUAUAAUAAAUCUGAAAAUUUCUUUCGAUAAACCUAUUAACAUAAGAAUACAUUUAUGAAAUAAUGUAUGUACUGAGGGCCAAAAGUCACGGGAAGGUACUGGAUGUGAUGUAAGUCGUCGAUCGCUGAAGCUCA